ACGCGGGCGGCCCUGGACGCGGCCGCCGCGCCGGUGAGACGCGCGGGAAGAUGGCGAAGGGAGGAGACAAGAAAAAGCCCAAAAAGGGCAAAGAAGAGAAAGGCAAGAAAGGCAAAGACGAGAAGGAGCCGCAGAAGAAGGCCAAGGUGUCGGAGCCGGGCCCCCCGGCGGAAGAAGCCGAGCGGGUGAUGCGGAUCGAGUCGAUCCGGGACGAGUCCGAGAGCAGCCUCAAGGGGCACGCGGGCUCCGAGCAGCAGGUCACCCCCGCCGACGACGCGGCAGCUGGCGUGGAACCGGGCGUCGAGGAGCCGACCAAGGAGGUCACCGAGCUCCCGGUGCACUACAACGAGCCGAUCCUGACCAAGCUCAUCGUGCAAAGCUAUGAAGGAGAACGUAUUCAUGGUCUAUAUGAGGGUGAAGCUGUUGCCAAUUUCCAAGAAGGCCAUAUUUAUCAAGGACAAUUUUCUGAAGGCCUUAUGCAUGGCAGAGGAACAUACAUAUGGAACACCGGACUGAAAUAUGAAGGUGACUUCUCAAUGAAUGUGCCAUCAGGAAAUGGUUUGUACACAUGGCCAGAUGGUAGCACCUAUGAAGGAGAGGUGUGGAACGGAAUACGUCAUGGAAAUGGGACUUUCCGAAGUUCUGAUCAAGUCAUCUCUUACACUGGGCAGUGGGAUCAAGGCAGAAGACACGGGAAGGGCACUGUGUACUACAACCGAGAAGGAAGCUCAUGGUUUCAAGGUGAAUGGGUGAACAAUGUCAGCGAAGGCUGGGGUAUAAGACGGUAUGUAUCUGGGAAUGUGUAUGAAGGCGAAUGGAAAAAUUUUAAACGUCAUGGGGACGGCACAAUGAGAUGGUUUUCUACCAAUGAAGAAUACACGGGACAGUGGGAAAAUGGCAUUCAGCAUGGCUUUGGCACCCAGACUUGGUUACUGAAACGAGUGCCUGGAAGCCAGUAUCCUCUGAGGAAUGAAUACACUGGGGAGUUGGCGAACGGACUCCGCCAUGGUCGUGGCAAAUUCUUCUAUGCUAAUGGUGCAAUUUAUGAUGGGCACUGGGAGUUAAACAAGAAACACGGUUGGGGGAAAAUCAUCUUUAAGAAUGGACUUAUAUUUGAUGGUGAGUUUUCUCAGGAUCGUAUGGUGGAAUUCCCUAGUUUUUGGAUGGAUGGAAUAAGCACACCUGAUCUCAGUGAGAUACGAACCCAUUCACCACUUGAAACUGGUGGUAUUGCAGCUAUCCUGCAGCAUAAUGUGGAGCUUGACAUUUCUUCACUGUUGGAGAAGAUUCCAAUUGCUGAAAGAGAGGAAGAGCUCAUACAGGUGAAGUAUGCCAUUCUCAGACAUUUUACUGAGUUGAAGAGAAUGUACGGGUUUUAUAGUUGUCUGGGACACGAACCCUCAAUCGACAAUACCUUCUUACUGAACAAACUGCAGUUCUGGCGUUUUCUGAAAGAUUGUAAAUUUCACCACCAUCAUCUGACAAUAGUGGAAAUGGAUCGGAUUUUUUAUGAAGACUUUGCUGCGGUGGAGGAGAUCCAUUCACCCUUUGAAAUGAUGCUGCUGCGGAAGUUUCUGAGUUCUAUUGUCAUCCUUGGAUACCACAUCUACUACAAAAAGCACGAAGGCCCGGGACCAAUUCUUGUUGACUGUUUUAACAAACUAAUGGACAACAAGAUUACUCCUUAUGCGUGCAGUGUUAGAGGGAUCUUGUUCCAAGAGCACCGCAAAACUUUGAUUGCAUUGGACUAUAUCAAUAAAUGCUGGAAGAUAUACAGUGUCUAUUGUAGACAAAACCACAAGCCACCUUAUGAUUACACCAUGACAAUGAGGCACUUCUUGUGGAUGCUGAAGGAUUUAGAUCUCCUGAGUAUAGAUUUAACCCCUGGACAAAUUGUGAGAUUAUUUUCAGAGGACAACCCUGCAGUGUCUAAUGGCCGUGACUUUAACAUGGAUCUGGAGAUAACGUUUCUGGAAUUUAUGGACUCCCUGCUCGGCUGUGCAGUGAUUUACGUAACUAAGGAUGUGAUCAAGGAAUCUGAAACACCUACAGACCUGAAGAAUACUUUGAGUGUGGUUACAGACACAGCUGGAAUAGCUGGAACUUGGGAGCAGGAUGUCGAACAAAAUGUUCCUGAAACUAAUCAGAGAAUUUCGAGUGGAUCCAGCAUCCAUAAACGAGCGUCCAUUGACAGUUCAAGGAGAUCUGAGUUAUUGAGAAUGAGAUUGUCAGACGAUGAGUUUUCAAAGGUGUUUGGAAUUCAAGAAAAACAUUCUGGAAUCCAAUCCAGUAUGAAACCCAAUCAGGAUUCCAGUAGGCCAGGUACAGAACUUCUGAAUUACAAGGAAGAUGAUAGAAUGCAAACCAUCUUGGAAUCUAUCUUGAUAAUGGAACCACCAGUUGUAGUGGAAACGAAUCGCAGUUCUGAGUCUGUGGCACAAUCAGACAAGCAAACUGAAACCACAAAUGUGUUUGAACUGUGGUUAAAUCAGAUUUACAUUUUCUUCAUGAAGAAGCUAUUUCCUGCCUAUGACUGCAAUGAAGUUCUCAAAGUGGAGGCAAAGAAACUUAAAUUGCGACAGAAAGAGCUGGAUCACUUGGCUAAAUUAAAAGUAUCGGAACCAACUAGUGUGUGCGAACAAGAGAACACCACCAAACAAGAAGAGGAAAUUAAAGUUUUACGAGAAACCUAUUCCCCUGAGCAGAGUGUGGAAAAUGGAAACACUCCUCUACCAAAAAAGGAAAGCCCGAUAUCUAACACUGUAUCUGGCACCAGCAAAUCUGGAGUAAACAAAAAGAAGAAGAAAUCCAUUUAAAAACCAAGCAGUCUUGAAAUUGAGCCGUUGCUUUUCAUUAAAAGAUAAUUC